GCUUGUUAGCUGCAGCCUCCAGCCUGUUGAUCACAGGCGGCGGACGGUUUCAGUCCGGCUCGGAACACUGAAGUGAGAGAGCUCAGUCCGUCUGUGGAGGAAGUUCUGCGGGUCUGACUGCUCGGAACCGACACGACGGGUCACUGUUUGUUCUCCGAGGCGGGAAGAGAAGCGAUGUGUUCCGACUGAGAGCUGAAGAUGAUGAAGAGGAGCUGCAGACUGAUCGACUCCUGUCAGGACGACUUCAUCAGCAGAGCAGCAGGAGCAGCCAGGGUGCAUGAUGGGAUCUUUCCGGCGUCCCAGGCCGCGCUUUAUGAGUUCUCCGGUUCUGUCAGACCUGGCCCGGUUCCAUGCCAGCUCACCUGCGCUACAGAUCUCCAACACCAGAGUGUGGAACAGCGUCCAAUCAGCUGUCAUCAAGGUGUUCCAGGGUGGAGCACUGCAGACCAAUGAGCUGUACACGCUUAACGAGAGCAUCAGGUGGCUCCUUAAAACCGAGAUGGGCUCCUUCAUCACAGACUACUUCCAGAACCAGCUGCUGACUCGAGGUCUGUCUGAAGUUCUGGAUCAGGUCCUCGUCCACUCUGGUGACGAGCAGCUCGCCGUCCUCGCCGACAUGUGGGACAGAUUCUUCACAGAGAUCCUCCCCACGCUGCAGGCCAUCUUUUAUCCCGUCCAGGGGCAGGAGCUCACCGUGAGGCAGAUGGCUCUGGUGGCCUUCAGAGACCUGGUGCUGUUGAAGCUCCACCUGGAGGAGACUCUGGGUGCUGCAGCCUCCGUCCCUCCACCUGUCACACAGAUGCUGCUGGUGCUGCAGGGUAUCCAUGAGUCUGCUGGUCCCAGUCUGGAGUAUUACCAGCUGGAGCGCCUGGUGGAGAUCGUCGUGUCUCCGUAUCUCAGCAACGUCCUGCACAACAGGCAGCAGCUGCUGUUGGAGUCCCGCCAUCUGCGGUCGUCAGGGUCGUUGCUAGGUGACCAGUCCCAGCCGGAGAUCACCGUCACGCAGCAUCACAACUCCUCCGACUCGUCGUCUCUGGCUCCGCUGGUGGAGCAGGAGGGCGAGGCCUACCUGGAGAAGUCUGGCGGUGUGCGGCGCCACACGGUGGCCAACGCACACUCUGACGUCCGGCUGCUGUCAGUGUCGGGCAGGAUGCAUGCUGGGACGGAGAAGGACGACGGGGUGGGAGGGGAAGAGGGAGGUGUGGGGUUCUUGGUGGGAGGCGGGCCGAUGAGUCCCAGGCCGUUCUCCAGCCAACCAGACAUGAUGGACACUCCGAGGGGAGGAGUUAUCUGCUAGCGCUGUUGAGACGAUGACACGUGAGACGAAGCUGGACCGGGACAGGAAGAAACAGGACGGUGUAGGAGCAGCCAGAUCCUGAUGAGAUGAAACAAGAAGACGGGAAAUAAAAAGACAAGAUGGGACAAAAAGACGGAGACAGGAAACCACAGAAGAAGAGAGAAAACAGGACAGGAAACAGGAAGUGACAGUUUGUACUCAUCUGUCCCACAGCAGGACGAGCAGCUCGGUGCUGGAGGACUGUCUGAACCAGUGACGCUGAUCCAGGAUCAGGCUCUGUGUUCAGGUUUGUACUGAUCCUGUGAACAGAGCCAGGCUGCAGGUUCUGGUUCUGCUCAGGUUCAUGUGGCUGUGGCUCUGUUUUAGGAUUGUAAAUAAAUAAUGAAGACUAAAUAAACUAAUUCAUAAAUAACCUUUGUUCAUAUAAGAA